AUGGAUCAUCAGCCUAAGAAAGAAGAUGUAGACCGCAUCGGAAACUACGCCCUCAUGCUCCUCGAAGACCAAAACAUCGACCGCCGAAACUGCCACCGCGUAGUCCCCUUAGAAGUCCUUUCCCUAGGCUACUCCCGCACCGGAACAAUAUCAAUGCAAAACGUACGCCCUCCGCAUCCUAGCUUCGGCUACCCCAACCCCUACCCUACCACUUCUCCAGCGUCUACCUUACGCAACGUCCGCGACUGCGACAUAACUUACAUGUGGACCGACCGACGCCCUCCGCGCCAAAUACAGUACGACGGAAUUGGCAACCCGUUCAGCCGUCCUGGAUUCGACCGACCAGCUUCUCGGCCACGUACGUAG